GAUCAAACCCCACCACGCGCUCGCUAGUCCCUACCGCCCUCGCCCCGCGACUACACCAAGCGAUCAUUUUCAGCGCUCAUGGAAGCGUCCGGCGCGAGCGGCGACGGUCGUGGGACUGGCAGCAGGAGGUGGAAGGGGAAGGGGAUCACGCCGAUACAGGCGCGCCGGCAGCAGCAGCAGCAGCUGGAGCCGGUAAUGGAGAACUCGUCGGCGGCAUUGCUACGCCCUCUCAGGAAGAUCGGGAGGAGCCCUGACCGCCUCCACCGAACCACCUCCUCGCUCUCCACCUCCUCUUCCUCGGCUCCGGCUUCGCCUCGUUCUUUCCCAGCUUCCGACGCCGUCCUCCAGCCUUCUUCGUCGCCGCCGCCUUCCGCGCGCCACAUGUUCCCCUUCGCGUACGAGCCGGCCUCGACGACGGCGACGCGCGGGAGCCUGAACCUUCUCCUGCCGUCGCCGUCGCCACAGCAACAGCAGCAGCCUCUGCGGCACCAGCAGAUGAUCUCGUUCGGCGGGGCGCCUCCCAGCGCGGCGCCGUCCUUCUUCGUGCCGGCCGAGACUUCCCAGCAGCAGCAGCACCUGCUGCGGUACUGGAGCGAGGCGCUGAACCUGAGCCCGCGCGGGGGGCUGGCCGGCAUGCCGCCGUCGCUGUACCAGCAGCUGAUGGGGGCGCCCCCGCCGCCGCCGCAGAAGCUCUACCGUGGCGUGCGGCAGCGGCACUGGGGGAAGUGGGUGGCCGAGAUCCGCCUGCCGCGGAACCGCACGCGGCUGUGGCUCGGCACCUUCGACACCGCCGAGGACGCCGCCAUGGCGUACGACCGCGAGGCGUUCAAGCUCCGCGGCGAGAACGCGCGGCUCAACUUCCCGGACCGGUUCCUCGCCAAGGGCCGGGCUGGAGGGAGCGGCCGCACGAGCGCCGCCAGCUCCGCUGCUGCCUCGGCCGCCGCCGCCACCACGUCGUGCUCGUCCUCAUCGUCGUCGCCUCCGCAAACCUCCGACGAGGCGGCGGCCAACACGCAGCAACCACCAGGGCAGCGUGAACAGCAGCACGCACAGAGGUCCACGUUUCAAGACCAACCACAGCAUCCGCUUCCAACGACUGCCUCUCAAGAAGGCGGCUCUCGCGACGCGGCUACGGUGUCACACUCAGCCGAAAUGCUUCACACGCCGGAGGCAUCCGCCGGCGUAGGCAUGUGGGCUCCGGCCGACGAGGCAUGGUUCAACGCGUGGGGCCCGGGCAGCUCCUUCUGGGACUACGAGAUGGACGACAGCGCCCGCGGGCUCUUCCUCCACUCCCGCUUCUCCGGUGAGGAUGCCGCCGGCGCCGGCAUGGGGCACUCUCACGCACAAGAAACUGCACCGGCGACGGCGGCAGCAGGGACGUCGUCGGACACGCCAUGCGAUGACGUCCCGGUGACCUAUUCUUCGGAUCCUCAUCCUCAUCCAGGCACAGCUCAGGCUCCUAACUUCAUGUGGAAGGUCUAAACAUAUACACAUUCGAACAUCUCUCGGUGAUCAACCCCAUUUCAAAAGUAGCUAGCAUUAGGGCAGAAAUGCACGCAUGCAGGUUGCAGUUUUUAAGACAACUUUUGCGGCAUCACGCACUUACAAUCACAACAUCGUUUCUUCUCUUCUGAACCACAAUAGGACCUUGUCUAGGCUGCAUUUUUUUUUUUUUGUUAGCUUGAUGAUAUGUAGGGUGUCUUUUCAAUCUCUUUCAUUCCACGAUUUACAUGAUGAGUAGGUUUUUGAUAUUUGUUCUCCUGUAAUUCUCAU